UUUUUUUUUUUUUGCAACCUGCAUGGAGGGAUGUGGGCAUGGCUUGCACCAGGAGAACCAAAACUUUGGUGUCCACAUGCGUGAUCUUGAGCGGCAUGACCAACAUCGUGUGUCUGCUCUACGUCGGCUGGGUGACCAACUACAUCGCCAACAUUUACAUCAAGGUGCCCGUGCCUUUGCCCGAGAGAAAGUUCGAGGAUGCGGACAAAAGGUCGGGAGACACUCUCCGGCUCAUGGAGAGACUUAAUCGGCUGGAGAAUGUGGUCAAUCAACACAUACAAGAGACUCCGGGCCGAGGAGAGGAGGAGGGGGCCGACGCGUCCUUCUCGGACUCGUCUCUCUUCGCUCACUGGGGUCAGGAGCUCAGCGCCGACAAUCGACGAGCGGCGCUCAAGAUGUUCCAGUACCACGGCUACAACAGCUACCUCAGCGACCGUCUCCCGUUGGACCGGCCCAUAGCAGACCUCAGGCCUACUGGGUGCAGAAACGUCACGUACCCGUUGGACCUCCCGCAAGUGAGCGUCGUGUUCAUUUUCGUGAACGAAGCUCUGUCCGUCAUCCUGCGCUCCGUUCACUCCGCCGUCAGCAGAACGCCCCCCCAUCUUCUCAAGGAGAUCAUUCUGGUGGACGACAACAGCAAUAACGAAGAGCUGAAGGAGAAGCUGGCGGAUUUCGUGUCAGAGACCAACAGCGAACGUCCGGGAUUCAUUAAGAUGGUGCGGCACGGCAAGCAGGAAGGCCUGAUCCGGUCCAGGGUCAGCGGGUGGCGCGCCGCCACUGCUCCGGUUGUUGCCCUCUUCGAUGCCCACGUGGAGUUCAACGUCGGCUGGGCGGAACCCAUUCUUCAGAGAAUUAAAGAGGACAGAACUCGCAUAAUCUCCCCUUCCUUUGAUAACAUCAAAUACGACACGUUUGAGAUUGAGGAGUAUCCGCUGUCUGCUCAGGGCUUCGACUGGGAGCUGUGGUGUCGCUACCUCAACCCCCCCAAGUCCUGGUGGCACAAGGGGAACAAAACCGCUCCUAUCCAGAGCCCCGCCCUGAUCGGCUGCUUUGUGGUGGACAGGCUGUACUUUGAGGAGAUCGGCCUGCUGGAUGAAGGCAUGGAGGUGUACGGGGGAGAGAAUGUGGAGUUGGGCAUCCGGGUGUGGCAGUGCGGCGGCAGCGUGGAGGUCCUACCUUGCGCCCGCAUCGCCCAUAUCGAGCGCGCUCAUAAACCUUACACGGAGGACCUGACGUCUCACGUGCGACGCAAUGCCCUCAGAGUUGCAGAGGUCUGGAUGGAUGAGUUCAAGAGCCACGUUUACAUGGCCUGGAACAUUCCUCACGAGGACUCCGGCAUUGACAUCGGCGACAUCUCCGAAAGGAAGGCUCUGAGGAAGAGGCUGCAGUGUAAAACCUUCAGAUGGUACCUGGUCAACAUCUACCCUGAGAUGAGGAUGUACAGCGAAACCGUCGCCUAUGGAGUAAUGAAAAACUCUCUGAAGAACGACCUGUGUCUGGAUCAGGGUGCCGACAACGACAACGUUCCCAUCAUGUACCUCUGCCACGGCUUGACGCCGCAGAAUGUGUACUACACCAGUACUCAGCAGCUCCUGCUCGGCCUCCUCAGUCCCACUGUUGACGACGACGACAACAAGUGCCUGGUGGACGUGAACGGCAGACCACGCCUCAUCGAGUGCAGCUACGCCGCGGCUAAACGCAUGAAACUACACUGGCUCUUCACCCAGGGAGGAGCCAUUCAGAACAGGAAAUCGAGGAGAUGCCUGGAGCUUGUAGCGAACAGUGACAAAGAGUUUGGUUACCAACUGGCUCUGCAGAAGUGCACUGGACAGAAGUGGUCCAUCACAAACGUGUUGUAUAGCAAUUCCCCAUGAGCAGAUCUGACUGACUGCAUAUGGAGUUCGUGUCCGUAUCUGAGUGUCAUUCUGUGUUUCAGGCAGCUGGGAAGAAGGAACUCUCUGGCUAGUAAAUUUUGCCACCCGACCUCAAAGCGUUCCAAUCAACAGUAAACAGCAAACAGCCUAAACAAAUGGACGAUUAGCAU